AUGAAUAGUAAAGAAAUAGCCAUACUUCUUAUUUUACAUGGUAUAAAUAUUAAUGAAAAAGAUAAUAAUGGAGAUAUCGCUCUUCAUAUUGCAGCACUUAUGAAUAGUAAAGAAAUAGCCAUACUUCUUAUUUCACAUGGUGCAAAUAUCAAUGAAAAAAAUAAUAAUGGAGUAACUGUUCUUCAUUCUGCAGCAUUUAAUAAUAGUAAAGAAACAGUUGAACUUCUUAUUUCACAUGGUGCAAAUAUCAAUGAAAAAGAUAAUAAUGGAGAUACCGCUCUUCAUUAUGCAGCAUCUUGUGAUAGUAAAGAAACAGCUGAAAUUCUUAUUUCAUAUGGUAUUAAUAUCAAUGAAACGGAUAAAUAUGGAGACACCGCUCUUCAUACUGCAGCAUAUCAUAAUAGUAAAGAAACAGCUGAAUUUCUUAUUUCACAUGGUGCAAAUAUCAAUGAAAAAAAAUAA